UUGCGGAGUUUCAGUAUUCCUAUAUUUUGAAGACUAAGUAAAAAAAUGCAAUAAAGCAUUUUACAGUUGAUAUUGAUAGAAAAACAAUGUUGCUAAGAAACACAGAAUGUAAAUGGAUAUAUUAUGAUGGACUUAUGUCCUGGAACUUGUGCACAGAUGAUUUCAACACCCACAAAUAGGCCUAGACCACCGCCACUGGCCCAAAAGCCAAAACCGUCCCCACCAAAGAAACCUCCUUUGGCUGCUAAACCUGAUGUGAGCCCAAAACCUGUCGGAGUAAAUAUUCUCCCCAAAUCUACAAAUGUCCUGGCGGAGGAAAGCGACCACAAAUUUUUGCUUUCAACGGUAGGUCCUGACAAUGACAGCACACCAAACCAUAGUUGGAAUGUUGAAAAAGCUAACCAUUCCAAUGUCAAUGUGUCAGAUGUGGCCCCUGUCAUAUCCACUCUGCCCCACCCCAUGGAGCAGAAGCCACUGCAACGCCCAGCCGGACCCCCUCCCCCACUACCCAAAACUCCAGCAGCUGCAGGGAACCAUGCCACGUCAAAGCCUGGUCCAAAGUUACCUAGAUUCCCUUUACAGACCCCACCAAAGCCAGCAGCUUCAGUUCUGGAAGUAUUUCCAGAUGUAGGGAGCUCUGAGAGUACGUCAGAGAACGUUGAUGGAAACAAGCCACCAAGUGUCAACAAGCCUCCACCUCCAUUGCCCCGCACCCCUCCAAAAGGAUCUGCAGGAAUAAAAAGGGCCAUUACUAAGGACAUUGAAGAAGUUUCUCAAAGAGAAGUUAAUGCUAAAGAUGAAGAAAAUUACCCAAAGGAGAUGCUAGCAUCAAGCGUUGUGGAUACAACAGACAUUCCAUCUAUUGUUGAGGACUUAACUGUGAAUGAAAAAUCAGGUGAAACAAAAAUGGAUAAAAAAGAGGAUUUCUCAUUUUCAAACUUGAAAUCAAAAUUUGCUAACUCAAGUGAAAAUAUUUCUCAAUCAAAUACUCCAGUUGUACCUUUCAAAGGGAGUCCAAAGUUACUUAGAAGAACUGUGCCAAAUAUUGAUAACAAAAAGUCAUCACCUUUAAAAGAUCCAAUUGUGAAUGCAGGAAAAUCAACAGUCUGUAUUGAACCAGAAAUUGAAAAAGAAGAAAGUGAAGUGAAAGAGACGCCAACCUCAAGCCUUGAAGUUUCAACAGACAUUCCAUCUGCUGUUGAGGACUUGAGUGUGAAUGAAAAAUCUGGUGAAACAAAAAUAAACGAAAAAGAGGAUUUCUCUUUCUCAAACUUGAAAUCAAAAUUCAGAAGAACUGUGCCUAAUACUGAUGACAAAAAGUUAUCACCUGUAAAAGAUAAAAUUGUGAAUGCUGGAAAAUCAAAAUUCUUUGUUGAAUCAAGCUCAGAGCAGUCUGAACCGGAGACUAAAAAAGAUGUGAUUAACAAUCAUGGAGUUUCUGAAAUUCAUUUUAUCCGAAAUGAAUCCUUUGUAUUGAAUAACAAAUCUUCAGUAAGAUUUAACAAAUUUUCUUCCCCAUCUCACUCCCCUCCUGUUGUAAGAAAGUCACCUCCAAAACUUCCUCCUGCUUCUCUGAAACCUAAACCAGAACAAUCCAGUUCCAAACCAGAACAAUCUAGUUCCAAGCCAGAACUAUCCAGUUCCAAACCAGAACAAUCCAUAACCAGUCAGUGUCAUUCACAUUCAAUUUCUAGUCCAUCUUCAAACUUGCAAUCUACAGUGUCCAAUUCUUUAUCAAAUUGUGUUGAACAGUCUUCAGAAACAAAUUCAGGGUCAGAUAAUUUACUUGUUCCUAAGCCAGUUCCUAGAAAAGUGUCCUCUGCUUCACCUGCUCCAAGACCGAAACCAAAACCAAGAACAAGUAUUUCGUCAAACAGGAAUUCUGCAGAGGAGAGCACUUUACAACCUGAAGAAGUGAGAGACAAUGUUAGGUCAGGUAUUGCAAGUGAACCAAAUAACAGUUACAAAAAUCAUAAUUUUAGCAAUACCAAUGUGUUUGGUGAAGUUGAAAAAGUUGAUAAAGAGACUGACAUAGUAGGUAAAAGUCACAAUCACUCAAAUGCUACGGUUGAAGACACAUAUAAAGUUAUUAUGAGAGAAGACAGUUCGCCAAAAGCUCACAUAACAGAACUUGAUGACGAAACACGUAAAUCUGUGCAAGUUAUUUUGAGGAAAAAGGUGAGUAGAGAUUUGAAUUUCGAUAUACAGGAUGUGCCGUCAGUUGAUGAGUUAAAGAGCAUCUUUGUUGAGAGCGACGAAGAAACUGUGGAAGGAAAUCUUCCAUCAAAUGAGUUUGGAUUUGGCGACAAGUUUUUAAAAUUCUCUAUUGAAAACAGUACGAAGUUGGCUGAUGGUGAUGAAAGGGCGAAAUUGUCAAGUAUGGAAACUAGUAGAGGCCUUGAAGAUAAGGGUAGUGUAAGUAAUGUGGAAGAUAGUAAAAGCCUGGGAAAGAAAGACAGUUUUGAAGAUUUAUUGAGUGAUAAGGCUUUACUUGAACCAACAUCAUUGCUAAAUGAAAUUGAGGAUAUUUUGACAAGGAGUUUUAAACAUUCGUCUUUAACACGAUCAGGUUCAUCACCAGAAAAAAAGAUGUCACCGUAUUUAAAAUUUGAUGAAAUGAUUCGAACUGAAAGAUCGAAAUCUGUGGAUGAUUCUAUGAGUAACCCUAAAAGACCUCCCCGCCCCAAGAAAGAGCAGAAGAAGUUACGAACGAUAAGUCAGGUAGUUUAUGACUCGUGUGGAAGUGACACAGAAUCACUGCCAGACAUGUCUCGAAAUAGCCUGGACUCGGACAUAGGAAAUCGUUCUUUAACUUUAGGAAAGGCAAAACCGCACCCACCGAAACCAAAACGCAAUAAACUUUUGACAGUUCAAAGAAGCCAAUCAGAUGUUACCUCAAUGAAGUCAUUAAUUGACAAACAAGAAUCAAGAAGUCCAAUUUCACCAAACCACAGACGACUCUUGUCAGACGCAACACAUGCUGAUGUAAAUUCUCCGCAAGAUGAAAAUAUUUCAAUGGACAGAACAAAAUCAUGGCGCAAAAAUCGCCCUACAAGGAAAGCUCCACCACCUCCAGUAAGUCAAAUAAAAAUCUCAUCGCCACGAACACCUUCUACGGAUCUCAGUAUUGUUGUUCCACUUGAUGAACGUGUAAAAUCAAUGACAUCUAACAAGGGAACUGUGAGUGAAAAAAACAUUAGUAAAAGUGAAAUUGUAUCAAAACACAAACCUAAUACUUCCUUGUCAUACUAUCACUCCAUAAAAGAUGGAGGUACAGACUCAGAUAUUGAUGAUCAUCAUGAUUAUCAAGAUAUCCCUGAUGAAAAUGAAGUAAGCUUUAAAUCAGAAGGGCCCACUUUGAAUCACAGAGCAAACGUCAAACGAUCUCCACCAAAACUUCCACCAAGAAACCUGAACAAUUCUCGCUCAUUCGAUACGUCCAGUAUGUCAUCUGCUGGCCAUGAUUUUGACAGUCAGGUCACAGGUGAGGCUAGUUCUAACGACAAUGUGUCGGUAUCUAGCGGAUGCUUUGAAAACGAUGCUCAAUCACCUGGAUUUAAAAACCAGCAUUUACUGAAAGUGUAUCCAAAAACAUCAAGUCCAUGUGUAAGAGAUAAGCAAAAGAUAGGAAGUGAUGAAAAUGUGUUGAGUUCUGGACUGGUACCCAGCGAGUCAUCAAUGUGUGAUAGCAGACCAGUCAGUGGAUGCAGUUUCCAGUCAGAGACCUGGUCGGGAGCCGGUAGUGUGGGAACAGCAGAGGCCACAUCAUCGGACUCUGAGCUUGAUGAGGAACAGAAGAUUGCGCACAAGAAGGAGAAGAGGUUAUUCAACAUUGCCAAGGAGAUUGCCUCGUCUGAACGCGAGUUUGUGGACCGACUAAAACUGCUCAAUGUGGAUUUCAGGCUCCACAUCUCCAGGGCGACUGAAGAACUUGGUCGCCCGGUGAUACCGACAGACACCCUCAACAGAAUACUGGAUUAUCUGCCCCAGCUACAGAACUUCAACGAGGAGUUACUCUCUGAUCUGGAGACGAGGAUCAGUCAAUGGCAGGAGAAGAAGUGCAUAGCGGACAUAUUCAAGAAGAAAGGCCCGUUUCUAAAACUGUUCUCUUCAUAUAUUCUCAACUUUGAGAACAUCACGGCCACAUACGACGAGGCUCUCAAGAAAUACCCAGCAUUCUUAGCGGCUGUUAAAGAAUUCGAAAUGAGUCCCCGAUGUCAGAGCCUGGCUGUGAAGCACUACAUGUUGAAGCCCAUACAGAGGAUACCCCAGUACAAGAUGCUGCUGCAAGAUUAUUUGCAUCAUCUACCGGAGGACAGUCCUGAAAUAAAGGAUGUUACCACUGCUUUGAAUAUUGUGAGCGACGUGGCAAACCAUAUCAAUGAAAACAUGAGACAUGAGGAUUACGUUCAGAAGAUGUUGGAAAUCCAGCGUUCACUGAUUGGCACCUUUGAAGUCAUCAAACCAGGACGGCUCUUUUUGAAAGAGGGUGAGUUGAUGAAACUGUCAAGAAAAGAAAUGCAGCCGAGGUAUUUCUUCCUGUUCAAUGAUGUCCUGUUGUACACCACACCUGUUGCUACGGGUUACAGGCUUAACAACGCUCUACCCUUGACUGGAAUGAAGGUUUCCAUAAAUAUGCAGGACGAGUAUAAGAUGGAGUUCAGCGUGAUGUCAACGCAGCGUUCGUUUGCGCUCCAAGGAUCAACACUCGAAGAGAGAGAUGACUGGGUCACCGCUUUGAAUGCCGCCAUUGAGGAAAACACGCUGAAACGGGACACAUUUGUCACCAUAAGGUCACAGCUGAAAGAUGAACACCUACAGUCUUCUUGGCCAACAUACCAGGCCCUGGUAGACAAGGAUUUCGUGCUUGGCCACAAAGCACCGCUUUGGAUUCCUGAUGCUAGAGUCACCAUGUGCAUGAUUUGCACGAUUGAGUUCACUGUAACGUUCAGACGACACCAUUGCCGGGCAUGUGGAUGGGUUGUCUGUAGCGGUUGUUCCGAGUGCAAGAUAAAGUUGCGGUACCUGCAGAACAAGCCGGCCAGAGUCUGUGAUAAAUGUUACACGGCGUUGAGCAAAGAUGAGCCAAUAGUACCGGAUGUGAUGCACCCUGGGGACCAUGAGGAAGCUGGGGAGGAGGAGGGUGGGGGGAUGAGUCUCCUCAAGAUCUUCUUCAGGGGCGGCAAGGAGCGGCGCAGUGGGCGCACUGAAAAACGGGCUCACGUCCGACCCGAUAGAUGUCGGGUGGCUGCCAAUGAUGAGGGAGCCAGCAUGAGCGGCUAUCUACAGAAGUGGCACAAAAAAAAGAAAUGGAAGAAAAAGUGGUUUUUGGUCAAACACAACGCUCUCUAUACGUUCAGAGCUACUCAGGACACUGCAGCGACCGACACUAUGGCAUUGCUAGGAUAUGAAGUAAACAGGUUUAAUGAGUUCUUUGAGGGUGUUGAGCAAGACCUGCUGUUCCAGCUGUGCCACAGAGGUACCGCCCCCAUCGUGUUCAGGACAGACAGCGCCACCUCCACAGAGAAGUGGGUGAAUGUAAUGCGACAAGCAGCGUUACUUUGAGGUUCAUCUGCACAGACAUGCAGGCUGUUGAAAGGAGGCAGCUUGUCCAGAAGCUCCUCUAUUCAAACAUUAAGUGUUUCAAUUGUCUUCAUAGAUAAAGAGUUGACAGAUUGAGGUUUCAGUUGAUUGCAUAUUAAUAUUUAAUGGACUCAUAUUAAUCGGUUGGCAAACGGCCUUGACAAACUGUAAGGAAGAGUUACGUAAUUUAUAGAAAAUCUCGUCUUGAACUGAACUCACCUACUUAAAUUAUUAAUACCGGUAGUCAGUGUGACAGCAUCAGUUCAAUUUUCAGCAUUUUAAUUCUCAUUUAAUUUUCAAACUGUUUUCAAUAUUGAGACAUUUUGUUUGUGUAUCAUGUAUGCUUUGUAAAAGAUCUUAAGCAGUCCAUCCAGAGAAAAACUUAAUUUUGAUGUGGGUAAUUAAUCUUGGUAUGUAUUGCAAUUAAUAUAAUUUACUGUUUAACCAGUAAUACUUAUAAUUUUUAAAAUGUGUGUUUUGCUAAUGUUUUUAUGCCCCCACUUUAUGAGGGGCAUAUAGAUUCAUCCCUCUCCAUAUGUCAGUCCGUUAUAAAUUGUGAUUGGCAUGUCAAACACUAGCGGUGCUAGGGGAUGAAACUUUGCACACAUAUUGACCAGCUUGUGAACAUAGGUACCCCCAUAUUUCCGUUUGGAUAUUUACAACAUAACCAAAGUAAUGGCUCCUUUAUAGGGAGGCUGUUUUCGGAGAAAACCCGAGGUAUAGUCAUUGCCUGCUCGUCGUCUGCCGUCCGACGUCCGCCGGCGUCGUGAUAAAACCUUUACAUUGGCUCUAAAAUCAAAGUGCUUCCACCUACAACUUUGAAACUUCAUAUAUAGAUGCACCUUGCUGAGUUCUACAUGCCACACCCAUUUUGGGUCACUAGGUCAAAGGUCAAGGUCACUGUGACCUCUAAAAAAAAAGAAUUCUAACAAACUUUCGAGUCAAGCGUGGCACCUGGUAUGCGGUGCUCUUGUUUAACAAAAAAUUACCUUUUAUCUCUUGUGUUGCGUGUAACAUCAAAAAGUAUUUCUGCGACAGGGCUAAAACUAGAACAUAUUAACCAGCAUGAGAACUUGCCCAUAUUUAGUUUCAGUCUUUUGUGACAAAAGUAGAGUUUUCAGUCAAAAGCAGAGUGUGUGGGGAUUCUUGUGCUACAAACAGUUCUUCUGCUUUAGUACUCUUCAUUGUCCAUUACUGCAUAAUCUGUAUUAAAUGUGUACUAAAUGAGAUUUAAAUUGUAAAACAAUAGGAGCCAUGUCAUGCCAAAAUGGGUCUUAUGUCAUAGUUGGCAAGCAUAGUUGCAGACCAGUCUGGGUAGUCUAGUCAGGAGCUACGCUGUCUGCUAUGAAGUCACGCAAGGUUUUGUGGUCUCAAUAGCGGACUGGGUAGCUACUGACCUCACUGCACAAACCCCAUGCUUGCUUGUAGCUACGUUGGCUGCAUUAAGUAUUAGACCCAUUUUCGCAUGAUGCAGAUGAAAAAAUAGCAAUGAAGAAUCAAAAGUGUAUAAUUAUUCUUUAUUUUAUCUUCACCGAAGAUCCUAUUUAAAAUAUUCCUUUCAACUUUCGGUUGGGGCAGUGUUGUUGUUGUAGAAGCAGCUCUUUUGCUAGCAGCUACAGUUAAAAGCUGGACCUUUAUUGUGUUGAAAAUUGUAACUUAUUAAAUUUACCAGUAUGCAUUAUUGUUUAUAGAUUUUUUUUUGCUGUUAUAUAUAUUAAGGCACAUGUUCAUAGAUCUUUUAAACUUUUAAAAUGAAAUCUCAUCAACAUAUGAAUUCUAAAUAUCACAUCAUUUUUUACUGCUGCUUAGAUAUUUAAAUUUUUAAAAUCUAAUUGAAUCAUGAUGUGAAUAAAAACAUGAAUUUAAAAUGUGACAUCAUGUUUAUCUCAAUAUUUUGAUGUACAAAUAUUUGGAUAAUUUAUUAUAUUUUUACAAAAAACAUUCACAGAUUUUAAUGUUAAAAAUCAUCUCAAUUUCAUAAAGUAUAAAAUGUGUAAAAUAGAAAAUUUCUUCCGUUGACAUUUGUUUGUGAAAGUACUCUCAGACUUUGUGUUUUUUACACCAAAGUGUUGGUGUACCAUAAUAAAUUAGUGUGUUAUUUAAACCAAAAUGUUGGUGUACCAUAAUACAUUAGUGUGUUAUUUACACCAAAGUGUUGGUGUACCAUAAUACAUUAGUGUAGUGCAAUAGUGCAAUGACUGUUUCUUUAUUCCAUUUGUACAUUUCAACCAUUUUGCAAUCUGUUCAUGUUAUAGCAUGUAUAUUAAUGCUUAUGUGUUCAUAUCAUUGUUAUAUUUGUUUAUGAAAGAUCUUUACUUUGUCUUCCAGAAAAUAAAAAAACUAAACGAUAA